CCUGUCCCGGGCUAGGCUUCUCCUUAAGCCGUCUCCUCCCUAGUCCUGACUCUCACCGUAAGGGCCCCUGCAUUCUGACCGCCAACAUGGUUCUGUUGUUGGCGGCUGUAAUGGCACCAGGAGUCUGACCCAUGGGGUCAUGCCGACCCUCCUUCAGCAACCUGGGUACUUGGAUUCUGGCUAGAAAGAAUUCAGAGCCAAGACCCAAACUGAAUGCAAAAACUAAAAAGACCCUCUGCAUUGCAAGGAGACUAGAGGGAAGUGAAAAGUCUAAAGAUGAAGGCAUUUCAGACCAUCUGCAGGCAGCUUAAAAGUUCAAAGCGAUUUUCUGUAGAACUAUCCCCACAUCUGGGUUUCUCCACGUCCUCUUAUUCAUGUGGCCGGAAGAAAAAAGUGAACCCUUAUGAAGAGGUGAACCAAGAAAAGUACUCUGAUUUAGUACAGUCUGUCUUGUCAUUCAGAGGCCCUGCUCAGACUCCAGAAUCGUUGUUCGAGGAAGAUUCUUUACUCUAUGGACCUGUGAGUAAGUGUAAACCCCCAAAGCAAGAUGAGGAAGCAAGAGUUCCAGGAAACUGGUUUCCUCUCUUCAAUCCAGAGAGAAGCUGCAGACCAAAUGCAACAAGUGCUGCGACAGCCCCUUUGAAAAUCCCUUUGCAAAGGAAUAAGAUACCAAGUGUGACCCGGGUCCUUCAGCAGACCAUGACAUCAGAACAGAUUUUCUAUUUGGAGAGGUGGAAGCAGCGGAUGAUUCUGGAACUGGGAGAGGAUGGCUUUGCAGAAUAUACUUCAAACUUAUUUUUACAAGGGAAACAGUUCCAUGAAGCCUUGGAAAGCAUACUUUCACCUCAGGGGAACUUAAAAGAGGGAGAUGAAAAUCUUGAGUCUGGCUACAUCGAAAGCAUCCAGCAUAUUCUGAAAGAUGUCAGUGGAGUUCAAGCUCUUGAAAGUGCUGUUCAACAUGAGACCUUAAAGUAUGUAGGUCUGCUGGACUGUGUGGCUGAGUAUCAAGGCAACCUGUGUGUGAUUGAUUGGAAAACAUCGGAAAAACCAAAACCUCUUAUCCGGAAUACAUUUGACAAUCCGCUGCAGGUUGUGGCAUACAUGGGUGCCAUAAACCAUGAUGCCAACUAUAGCUUUCAGGUUCGGUGUGGUUUAAUUGUGGUGGCCUACAAAGAUGGAUCCCCUGCCCACCCACAUUUCAUGGACACAGAGCUGUGUUCCCAGUACUGGACAAAGUGGCUUCUUCGACUGGAAGAAUAUACAAAAAAGGAAAAGAACCAGAAUAUUCAGAAACCAGAUUAGGGGCAGGAUGCUAUUUGGAAGCAUUCAGCACUUUCUCACAGUUUGGGAAAAUAUAUUGCUGUUUACUGUGACCUAAGAUGGAAG